UGAUUCAGUGAACCUGAUGCCGUAUAACUCGUUUGCCUGACUGUGUGGUGUUGCUCUACCAAUAAGUAACUACUAAGAAAUACUGCGUGUAUAGUCAUGUGUGUCUUCGUAAGUCGAGUUGUCUUGGUCUUAUCCAUUGCAGUGGCUUGCUGUUGGGCUAACGUCAUGACUCGGGAUGAUACAGCAAAUGGAGAAAGAGACAAUCUUCCUUGUGAGUACCUAGGCAAACCUCUACUCCAUGGCGAGAGUAUCAAGCACGACUGUAUAGUAUGCACCUGUGAUAAUUAUACAGUGAGCUGUAUGUUUGAGUCAUGUCCACCGCUCAACUGCAGACACACAAUCAAAGUUGAAGGGCAAUGCUGCAAAGUCUGCUUAGAGGCAAAUGGAGAAAGAGACAAUCUUCCUUGUGAGUACCUAGGCAAACCUCUACUCCAUGGCGAGAGUAUCAAGCACGACUGUAUAGUAUGCACCUGUGAUAAUUAUACAGUGAGCUGUAUGUUUGAGUCAUGUCCACCGCUCAACUGCAGACACAAAAUCAAAGUUGAAGGGCAAUGCUGCAAAGUCUGCUCACAGACACCACCAACGACAGUCAUUGAAGACAUUGCAGGCGAUGAAGAAAUAAGUAACGAAACACCGCCCUCUACCGACAGUCCACCACUCCUCUCCAUCUUAGAAACGGGAAGAGCUCAGUUGCAACUGGAUCAGGAUCGCCUUCAGAUCGAGAUUGACCACCUUGACGAAACUCGUAUAAUGAACAAACAACUUGCAGCUCUGAUUUCCCUCAUGGAAACUCAGCGUUAAAUAAUUUAUUUUAUGACCACCAGGCAACCACAGUCUCUUAUGGGUAAACAGUUUCAGAUGUUGAAUUUUCUAUAAUGCAGGGGAAAGCAACAAACCUCAAUUUGAAACUUUGCAAGGUGGAAAUACGAUAUAGUGAACAACAGGUUUGCGGUAGUGCGGUAGCACCAUGUAAUGAUAAUCUCAAAAAGUUUAUUAUGUUUUUAAUAUUACUUGUUUGUAGCUUGCUUGACUACAAUAAACUGAAGUUCGAUUGAAUUAAUAACAUAGUUAAUGUGAAUUAUCCUGUAUUGAGUGCUGCGCAACACUAAACUUCCACGUCAGGAUCAUCCUUAAUCCGGGUCCAAUGGCUUGUCCCAUUUUAGGGUCAGUUUGACCUGGAAAACAUCUUUGUUCAAUUGCGGUUUGCUUAUAGCUUGACUUUGAUAAUAAUAAGCUGAAAUUUAAUUGAAAUUAUUACUAAGUUUAUGCGAGUGAUUAAGGGUCGAGUGUUGCACAGAACUUCCGGUCAGAAUUUACCUGGAACCAAGUCAGGUCCAAUGGCUUGACCCAUUUAAAAGGUCCGUUUGACCCAGAAUACAUCUUUUAAUUGUGUUUUGCUUUCAGCUUGACACAUGAAUUAUGUUGCUUUCGGCAUGAAUGAAGCACAUACAUUUUUCUCUAUAUAAACUCUCUUUUUUUUUUUAAUCUUUUUUUAGGGCUCCCAAGUGUUCAUCUUUGGGGGAUAUAGAUUUAUAGAAUUCCAUAUGAGUGCCAUGAUUAUUGGUAACAAAUCUUACACUGUAAUUUGAUGUAGUCACGCAUUGCGUUAAAGGCAGUGGACACUAGUGGUAAUUGUCAAAGUCUAGCCUUUACAGUUGGUGUAUCUCAACAUAUUAUG